AUGGCUGCCCUAGACUCAAGAAACAAAUUCUACCAUCCCUACACCCCCUACGACAUUCAGCUCCAGUUUAUGAGCUCAUUGUAUGACUGCAUCGAUGCAGGCAAAAUCGGCAUCUUUGAAUCUCCCACAGGAACUGGUAAAUCGUUGAGCUUGAUAUGCGGCGCGUUGACGUGGCUGCGCGAUCACAAGCGCAAAGAAUUUCUCAAGUCGAUAGAUGAAUUGUCUGCUGAUGAUGACGAGCCGGAGUGGAUGGUUGAGUAUGCUAAAAAGGAAAGAACGCAAGCUCUGACCCAGAAAUGGCGAGAGCUAGAAGAGCGACUUGCCAGAAACAGAAAAGAGGAAGAACGGAGGAGAGCACUGGGACAAAACCCCAAUAGGCCAAUCAAAAAGCAGAAAAUUGAUAUUGUCUCUCCAAACACUGAAGGCGAUAGCUUCUUCGAGCUAGACGAGUAUGAGAGUGACACGGAGACAGGAAAGAGUGUCUCAAUUCCUGGGCUCAGCAACAUAGAAGGGCUAUCUGCUAGUACUGUUGCACUACUUGAUCGCUUCAAAGGUCGAGUCACAGGUCAAAAGGAGAAUGAAAACGACAACGACAACCAAACAAGAAUCUACUAUUGCUCGCGCACUCAUUCGCAAUUGUCACAGUUUGCUCAAGAGCUGCGAAGAGUGAACCUUCCUUCGAGUCUUCCUUCCCCGCAGAACAAUGCAGAAGAAGAGAAACAAGAACAUGCUGAGCUGGAGGAAGUUAUCAAGCAUCUGACUCUCGGGUCUCGCAAACAACUUUGCAUAAACCCUCGGGUUUCGAAUCUCGGAAAUGCCACGGCAAUCAACGAGCGUUGCAUGGAACUACAACAAUCUGGGGUUGCAGCAGAUAAAAAGUGUUCGUACCUACCAAAUAAAGAGUCCGAAGACGUGCUGUUGGACUUUCGUGAUCGUAUAUUAUCUACAGUCCAAGAUAUUGAGGACAUCAGCCAAGUUGGAAAGCAGCUUUCUAUCUGCCCUUAUUACGCAGCGAGAAAAGUUAUUGAUCAGUGCGAGAUAAUAACCCUCCCAUAUCCUUUGCUACUCCAACGAUCCUCCAGAGAGGCACUGGAUUUGUCCCUUCGAGACCAUGUCGUCAUCAUCGACGAAGCACACAAUCUGAUGGAUGCCAUCUCAAAUAUACAUUCUGUUUCCGUCACACUAGAUCAACUCCGAACAUCUCUUUUCCAGCUGACAACCUACGCACGGAAGUUCCAGACACGGCUGAAGGGCAAAAAUCGUGUCUAUGUCACCCAAGUAAUCAGACUUGUCAGUGCACUCGCAGAAAACCUUCAGUCACUCUCUCAGAAACAUAAUGCAUCAGAAGUCAUUGUUCAUUACUCGGAUCUCGUUUCAGGCAAAGGGGUAGAUCAGAUCAAUCCUUAUAAGCUGACGAGGUACUUGCAAGAGAGUAAACUAGCAAGAAAAGUUGAUGGUUAUGUUGAGCAUGCCAAUAAUCAAGAUGGCAAGGUGAACAAUGGCAAGGCAACACGCGAAAAGACUGCAGUACCAGUACUGUUCCAAGUACAGAGCUUUAUCUUGACCUUGAUGAAUCCUUCGGAUGAGGGCCAACUAUUUCUCAACAAAGCGGAUGAUGGCGUGCUUUUGAGAUAUAUGCUGUUGGAUCCCACGAAUCAUUUCAGAGAUAUUGUCGACGAAGCGCGUGCAGUCGUUCUAGCAGGAGGUACCAUGUCGCCGAUGUCGGACUAUGCCGAUCACUUAUUUUCAUAUGUGUCUCCAGAGAAGUUGGACACGUUUAGCUUUGGACAUGUCAUUCCACCAAAGAACCUAACGGCUCGCAUACUCGCCAAAGGGGUACUCGGGAACGAUUUCAGCUUCACAUUCGAUCAGCGAAGUUCUGAUUCCAUGAUUACAGAUUUGGGACACACGAUUGCGAACCUCUGUGCUGUGAUCCCAGACGGCGUCGUGGCUUUCUUUCCCAGCUAUGAAUACUUGAACCAGGUACUGAAUACCUGGCGGAAAUCGGGCAUGUCCAGAAAUGGAGUCUCGGUGUUUUCAGAGAUUGAGAAAUAUAAGCCGAUAGUCUAUGAAAGCAAUAACCAGAAAAAGGAGUGCAAUACUGACGAUAUCCUUUUCGAAUACUCGAAGAAAGUCGAAUCUGGCUCUGGGGCACUCUUACUCUCUGUCGUUGGAGGUCGUCUCUCGGAAGGCAUUAAUUUCUCCGACAAACUAGGCAGAGGUGUCUUGAUAGUUGGACUACCAUUUCCAAAUAUUCACUCGGCUGUCUGGAAAGCGAAAAUCGGCCAUAUUGAGAAACAAACUUAUGCAAAAUUGACCCAGAACGAGACAGAUUUAUCCGUAUCAAGACGACGGGGAGCAGAGACAGCCGCCAAAGCAGCGGGGAGAGACUUCUUUGAGAAUUCGUGGGAAGUUGCCAGCAUGGAUUCGACAGAGUCUGGUGUCUUCUGCUACUUCUAA